UGCACUUGUUCUCUGUUCUUCAUCAGGUGGUAGUAAUCAAAAGUGCCAAAUGAAAUAAGGGCUACUACCCCUUUUGGAGGAGGAGGAGAAGAGGAAGGACUCCUAGUUUAGUUGUGCUUGUGUUUGUUGAAAGGUCUCAGGGUGUGUCUGUUUGUGUUUGUGUGUUGCAUUUGGGACAAAAUGCAGCUCCAAAUAUCACCAAGUUUAAGGCAUGUCACUGUGCUUCCAGGGAAAGGGUUGAAAGAAUUUAUCAAAGUGAAUGUUGCAUCCAGGCGAGUCUCUUAUCGGAUGCUCUUCUACUUGCUCUUGUUCUUCACAUUACUGGUUCGGUCUGUGUUUGUGUUGACCGCAGUGGACUCCAUUGAUGGUGAAAACAGGUGCUCAACCAUAGGCUGCCUGGGAAAGAAACUAGGACCAAGGAUUAUGGGAAGAAAACUAGAACCAACGGUCCCAGAAGUGAUAUUCCAAGUAUUAGAUGAGCCCCUCGGCAAAGAUGAGCUAAAAGGAAGAUCUGACAUUCCACAGACCUUAGAAGAGUUCAUGACUGAAGUGAAGGAAAGUGAAUAUGAUGCCAAGACAUUUGCUGUUAAACUGCGAGAGAUGGUUACCCUCAUGGAAGAUAGGACCAGGACAGCUAAAAUUCAAGAAUACUUAUAUCGACAUGUAGCAUCAAGCAGCAUUCCAAAACAGCUUCACUGCCUUGCCUUGAGGCUAGCGAAUGAACACACCAGCAACGCACAAGCUCGCCUUCAGCUUCCUUCUGCAGAGCUCGUGCCUGCCCUGGUUGACAACAGCUACUUCCAUUUUGUCCUUGCUUCAGACAAUGUUCUGGCUGCUUCUGUGGUUGCAACUUCCCUUGUCCGCAACUCCUUGCGGCCACAUCUGGUUGUUCUUCACAUCAUUACAGAUAAAAAGACUUAUUAUCCCAUGCAGGCUUGGUUUUCAUUGCACCCUUUAUCACCUGCUAUUAUUGAGGUUAAGGCAUUGCACCAUUUUGACUGGUUUACAAAGGGAAAAGUGCCCGUUAUGGAAGCAAUGGAGAAAGAUCAGAAAGUGAGGUCACGGUUUAGAGGGGGAUCAUCGGCUAUUGUUGCAAAUGCUACUGAGAAGCCUUAUGUUAUUGCAUCAAAGCUGCAAGCACUUAGCCCCAAGUAUAAUUCCGUGAUGAACCACAUACGUAUACAUCUGCCUGAGCUAUUCCCAAGUCUAAACAAGCUGGUCUUCCUCGAUGAUGACAUUGUGGUACAAACUGAUCUCUCCCCUCUUUGGGACAUUGACAUGCAUGGAAAAGUCAAUGGUGCAGUAGAAACAUGUAGUGGAGAAGAUACGUUUGUAAUGUCAAAGAAGCUGAAAAACUAUUUGAACUUCUCCCACCCUCUAAUAUCAAAAAACUUCGAUCCCAAUGAAUGUGCCUGGGCUUAUGGAAUGAACAUUUUUGAUCUGGAGGCUUGGAGGAAGACCAACAUAAGCCUUACGUACCAUUAUUGGGUUGAGCAGAACAUAAAAUCAGACCUAAGUUUGUGGCAGCUAGGGACAUUACCUCCCGGGUUAAUAGCAUUCCAUGGUCACGUCCACGUUAUUGAUCCUUUCUGGCACAUGCUGGGACUGGGAUAUCAAGAGAAUACAAGGCUCGCUGAUGCAAAGAGUGCUGGUGUCAUCCAUUUUAACGGGCGGGCCAAGCCUUGGCUGGAGAUAGCUUUUCCUCAGCUAAGGCCACUGUGGGCCAAGUAUAUCGACUUUUCAGAUAAGUUCAUCAAGAACUGUCGAUUUAGGGCAUCAUAGCUUGGUUCUGAAAGCAUGUGGCCUAGUUCAUAAGUUGAAGAAAUGCCUUUUGUAUAAAGGAAAAAAAGAAAACGAGAGUAAUUCCAAGCAAUUGGCCUUCAUCGGAAAAGUUCGAACGACAACAUAGCCUGGUGCUCCCCUUUUGUUUUUGAUACUCUGUUCUUUGAUAUCCAUAAAAAAUCUCGCGUUUUUUCUUCAA